UCAAAGAACGCUGUACACAGUGUGCUGCUGUCUCUUGGGGUCUUACUGAUGAAGGCAAAUAUUAUUGUACUUCUUGCCAUAAUGUUACAGAAAGAUCUAAGGAAGUUAUAGACACUGGGGUUAUUCCUAAUAGCAAGAUACAAGCCAUCAAUCGGGGACUUAAAAGAAAAAGAAAACUUGAGAAAGGCUGGGAUUGGUAUGUGUGUGAAGGUUUUCAGUACAUACUUUAUCAACAAGCCGAAGCCUUGAAGACCCUUGGAGUAGGUCCAGAGUUAAAGAAUGAAGUUUUACAUAAUUUUUGGAAGCGCUACCUUCAGAAGAGCAAGCAGGCAUAUUGUAAAAACCCAAUUUAUAUCAGUAGAAGGAAAGCUGCGGUAAAAGAAGAUACCCUAAGUCCGUCAGAGAGGGAGAGUGAACCUGAGCUGCUGAGUGAUGUCAGCCUUCCUUUCUUUGUUGAAAGUGGGGCAGAAUCUCAGUCUGAUGUCAACACUCAAAAAUCUUUCCCACUCAUCAAAGUAGUACAAUCAGAAACAUCCGUUUGUUCUGGAUCUCUUGAUGGAGUUGAAUACUCAAGACAAAAGGAAAAGGGAAUUGUGAAGAUGACUGUGCCCAAGACGCUUGCUUUCUGCUAUUUGUCAUUACUUUGGCAGAGAGAAACAAUUACUCUUUCGGAUCUGUUGCGAUUUGUUGAAGAGGACCAUAUUCCUUACAUAAACACUUUUCAGCAUUUUCCAGAACAGAUGAAAUUAUAUGGGCGUGACAAAGGAAUCUUUACCAUAGAGUCUUGGCCUGACUAUGAGGAUAUCUAUAAAAAAGCAAUUGAAGUUGCCACAUUUUUAGAUUUGCCUCGUUUUCCAGAUGUAACUGAAGACUGCUAUCUACAUCCAAACAUCUUAUGUAUGAAAUACUUAAUGGAAAUCAACUUACCUGAUGAAAUGCACAAUUUAACCUGUCAAGUGGUAAAAAUAGCUGGAAUAGGAGAAGCGGAUUUUCUGACAUUUGAUCCUAUAGCUAAAAUGGCAAAAACUGUGAAAUAUGAUGUACUGGCUGUAGCUAUCAUUAUAAUAGUAUUGAAACUUCUCUUUUUAUUGGAUGACAAUCUAGAAUGGACUCUAUCUAAUCUUGCUGAAAAACAUAAUGAAGAAAACAAAGAAGAUAAGCCAUGGUUUGAUUUCCGGAAGUGGUACCAUGUUGUGAAGAAAGCUGUUGAUGAGAAAAAACAAAAAUGGGAAGAAUCUAGGGCCAAGUACCUAUGGAAAAGUGAAAAGCCGCUCUACCGUUCAUCCAUUGACAAAUCAGUAGUAUAUAAAAGAAGAGAAAUGGUCGUGAGUCUACAAAAGCAGUUUAGCACACUGGUUGAUUCAGCACCAACUGUUGAAAAUAAAAGCCCUUCAAGUUUUCAGUUCAACUGGACUGAGGAAGACACCAAUAAAACUUGUUUCCAUGGGCAUAGCCUCCAGGGAAUCCUGAAGAAAAAAGGCCAGGCACUGACAACCAAGAAUUCACUGUACUGGCUUAGUACACAGAAAUUCUGCAAAAGCUAUUGUAAACAUAUGACAACCUAUGAAGAAUCAAAUUAUUCUCUGAGUUAUCAGUUUAUUCUGAAUCUUUUCUCCUUCCUGCUAAGAAUAAAGACAUCCUUUCUCCAUGAAGAAGUGAGCUUAAUUGAAAAGAGACUUUUUAAAAAAAAAUAUAGUAAAACAAAAAUUAAAUCUUCAAGAUCCAAGAAAGUAAGAAGAUGUUGAGAAAAAAUGAAAUAGAAACUUUGGUGCAGCAGUCAUUUAAUAGUGACAAUAAUGUGUCAAACUGGAAUGUAACAUUCUAGAGAAUUGUGAAAAAUA